AUGAACAGGCGCUUGGGCAAUGACCAGCCAGCGCUGCCGGAUGGUGUCCCAGUGACGUACUACGCGACAUGCCGGCGCAUUGAGUACCUCGCGUCGCUUGGGAUGCCGCAGGUGACGCCCUACACAGAGCCCGCGAGGCCGCACGCCCGGACGCUGCCGGAGCCAAGCUCGACGCCGGAGCCAGUACUACCUCCAGCUUCCCCCUCGUCGCCGGGGGCACGCACCAGACUGUCGCGGCAAACGGUGUCCUCCUCUAGAAUCAUGACCCCGCGGGCCAGCAGCCGUCACAAGCAUGAGGUGGACAAGUUUGACAUGGAGGCCGCCUACGCUGCAUUCAUUCGGCGCCUGGAGCGAAAGCUGGACGCAGAGGAUACGAAGAGCGCUUAA